AUGUCGCCUCUGGAGGGCCAAGAGUCGGGAGCCAAACAACGAGCUUGGGAAGCUGCGGUGGAGGAGGUCAACGCCGUGAGUGGGAUCGGGCGCAGCGUGGAGGAGGUGCGCGUGAAGUUCUCCGACUUCAAGCGCCACACCAAGAAGCAGCUCGGAGACUUAGGACGUGGCGGCUCUGUACAAACGGACAACCUCACCGAUGCUGAGGAGGCCAUGGCGCAGGUGCUGGACCCUGCAGUUGUAGCGGGCACAGGAUCUGGUUUAGAAUCAGAUCCUCGUCCAACACCUUCUGUGUCCGCAGCCCACACUGUGGACUCCUUAUGA